AUGGUCCGAGAAGCGCUUGCGCCCCGCCCGCCCCGCUCCCGUGGCACGCUUCUCGGGCGCCUGGCAGCCGGCAGCCCGCGGGGCAAGGCCGGGCGUCCCGAGAGGCGGAGGGAAGGGGUGCGCGGAGGCGGCGGCCCUGCCCGGGGCCCUAGGCCUGACCUGCCGCGAGGCGAGCGCUCUGUCUCCACCCCUUCCCCGGAGCCGCCUGGGGCAGCCGGUCACUCCCAAAGGUACCUGGGGUGGACCGGCUACCACAGUUUUCCACAUCUGCUUGUCUUGAGUGUGGCCUGCCACGCUGUCGUUUGCUGCCUAUUACGAUCUGCCCGAGAAGGAAGUGCCAACCUUCUGCCUCUUCCCAGUAACAAGUCAAACCAUGUUCAGGGCUAUUGUGAAAUAGAGGCUAGAUUGGCCCCAUCUCUCGACUUUUGGACUCUCUCCUCUGAAAACCUAAUAGCUGUGUUGCCAGUUGAUCCUGUUCAAGAAAAUUAUGUUCGUAAAGUGAAAAACUGUAUUUUUUCAAUUGCUUUCCCUACUCCUUUCGAAUCAAGAGUACGUCUUGUAGCAGUCUCAAAGGAAGUUCUAGAAGAUAUUUUGGAUCUUGAUUUAUCUGUAUCAGAAACGGAUGAUUUCAUCCAGCUUGUAAGUGGUGAAAAGAUAGUAUCUGAAUCUGUUCCAUUGGCUCACCGAUAUGGUGGCCACCAGUUUGGAAUAUGGGCAGAUCAGCUUGGGGACGGAAGAGCUCACCUUAUUGGAACCUAUAUGAACAGACAGGGUGAAAAAUGGGAGCUCCAGUUAAAAGGCUCAGGAAAGACCCCAUAUUCCCGAAAUGGUGAUGGGAGAGCAGUACUUCGUUCCUCUGUGAGAGAAUUUCUGUGUAGUGAGGCUAUGCACCACCUUGGAAUUCCAACUAGUAGGGCUGUAAGCCUGGUUGUAAGUGAUGAUGAAGUAUGGCGAGAUCAGUUCUACAAUGGAAAUAUUACGAAAGAACGAGGUGCAGUAGUGCUGCGUGCUGCAAAAUCAUGGUUUAGAAUUGGAUCAUUAGAAAUUUUGGCUCAUUAUGGUGAACUGGAUUUAUUGAGGACACUAUUAGACUUCAUCAUAGUGGAACAUUUUCCCUCCAUAGAUGUCAAAGAACCUGAUAGAUACGUGGAUUUUUUUUCUACUGUGGUAUCUGAGACAGCACAACUUAUUGCCUUGUGGAUGUCUGUUGGCUUUGCUCAUGGUGUUUGUAAUACUGAUAACUUCAGUUUGUUAUCCAUUACAAUUGACUACGGUCCAUUUGGUUUCAUGGAGGCCUAUAAUCCAGAUUUUGUACCAAACACAUCCGAUGAUGAAAGAAGAUAUAAAAUAGGAAAUCAGGCCAAUAUUGGAAUGUUUAAUUUAGACAAGUUGUUGCAAGCUCUAAACCCAUUACUGGAUCUUAGGCAAAAGCAGCUUGCUGCUCAUAUUCUUAAUCGGUAUCCUGCUCAGUAUUAUGCAAGGUUCAGAAAAUUGUUCAAAGCCAAAUUGGGAUUACUUGGAGAAAAGGAGGGGGAUGAUGAGUUAAUAGCAUUUCUCUUACAUCUCAUGGAAAAGACAGAAGCCGAUUUUACAAUGACAUUUCUACAGCUCAGUGAGAUUACGGAGAGCCAGUUACAGGAGCUCAACAUUCCUCAGCAACUCUGGGCAUUGAAGACAAUUUCAAAGCACGAACUCUUUCCUACCUGGGUGUCCAAGUACCUUUUGAGACUGAAGAGUAACAAGAAUGACUCAGAUUCUGAAAGAAGAAAAAGAAUGAUAACUAUUAACCCUAGGUAUGUACUCAAGAACUGGAUGGCUGAAUCUGCAGUUCAGAAAGCAGAAAAAAAUGAUUUUUCAGAGGCCAAGAAUGGCCCUGGCGCUCACGAUGUCAAUGAGCAGUCCUACACCUGGAGCAGGUUCGUCUUCUCCAGCAAGUACUUCGGCGUCCUUUCCAGAAGCAUCCUGCCGCUGAGAGGGCCGGCUAUGCCUCACCUACUCCUUCUUGGGCCAAAGAUCUCAGAGUUAGUUGCUCAUCUUAAUUUGGGAGCAACCAAUUCAGAAAUAACCCUAUUAUUUAACUUAACAUAGAAUAAUCUAUUUAAUAAAUUCUUAAUGACCAUCUACAUUUUGAUGACAAUCUCACAUUUAAUAAUGAUUACAUACAAGAGUAUUUUUAGCCAAAUGAAUUGGACCUUCUUAUUUGAAACAUCUCCAUGACCGUUUUUAUUCUAAUCAAAAACUUAAUGGAAAAGGAAAAUGUUUUUAGCAAACCAUGUGAGUUAAUCUGAAUGACUAAGAAAUCUUAUGACGGUUUUUUAAUCAAAAUGGUUUGUAAGUAUUCAUCUAUUACUUACUAAAUAUUAUGCAUUGGGGUACAUUGAUAAGUAUGUAGUUUAAUUGUACUCUUAGAAGAUUUUUUUCUAUUAUGGAAUUUUCAAACAUUUACUGAAGUAGAGAAAAUAGUUUUAUGAACCCAAUUGACAUUUACCAUCAUACUAGGCAUAAGUGCAUGGCCAAUCUUUCCUCAUCUAUAUAGUCACAUUCUUCCUCUGUAUUCCUACUUACUGUUUUAAUUAAAGUAUAAUUUUUAUAUCCACAAUUAUUUUUAGGAAAAUCUAGACAUUGUUUUAUUUCCUCUACAAAUAUUUCUGUAUGCAUCUCCAAACGUUAAUAUCUUAAAACUCAUACACCCAAAGGACUUAAAAUCAGCAUACUACAGGGUUUAUAGCAGCUCAAUUUACAAUAGCUAGAUUGUGGAACCAACCUAGAUGUCCUUCAAUUGAUGAAUGAAUAAAGAAACUGGU